AUGCAGCGAAUGUCUUUGGAGCACGAGAGAAAUACCGAAGCGAGCUUUGGCCGUGAGGAGGCCCUUCAAAGCGAGUACAAGGCAGCUUCGGCUCUCCUGGGGGAGAUGCAAGCACAGCAAGCAGUAUUUUCUCGUGCCAAGUCUCAGGAGUCUGAAGCAUUUAAAGCCCAGCUAGUUUCUCUAAGUUGGGACUUGGCAAAGCAGCUGGAGCUUGUAGAUGCCAAGGCGGAGGAAGCAGACACCCUGAAGGAGAAGUUCGAAGCCCCUCAGCUUGAGCUCGAAAGGUUUUCUGCCGAGUAUUGCAUCUUGCAUGAUGUCCUUCUUCAAGAGUGUGGCAAGGACUUGCCAGUAGUUGACAAUGAUUCCGAACAACAAGAGUUCAGUGCCUUUGACUACCUCAAGAAGCUACUGAACAGUGCCAAACACAAAAGACAGGCCCUGGAAAACCAGUUUGCUAAAAAAGAGGAGCAGUUCAAUCUACUUCAGCAAAACUAUCAGUCCUUAGAGGACCGGUACCAGUGGCCGUCACAAGAUCUCUGGGCAUUUGUCUGGAGCAUCAUCGAGCACACCAACCAGUCGUCAGAAGCUGCAGUAUCUCUUGAAGCAAGUCAGCUGGAAGACUUGAACUGUCUGCUGGCAGUGCUCCAGGAAAAGGUCACAUCCUUGAAAGUUAGGAACAAGCUCCUCGCACAAGAAAGUCAGCAGUGCAAAUCAUCUUGUGAAGACGUGAGUGAAAAAAUGAGAUGCUUGUCUAAUGCAAGUCGCCUCUGGCAGCAGAGAUACCAAGAGGUGGCGGAGACUUUGAGAGAGAAAGAUAAUGUUGUUAAGUGUCACAAUUCGCCGCAAACGGAAGCAGCCAAAAGCUCCAUUACUGAGAAGGCAGAAACAGAGUGCACCAGAUUGGACGAGAAAGUCAGCAGCCUCCUAAAACGCAACGGAAAACUGGAAUUCAGAGCCGACGUUUUGCGUUCAGAACUUUCCAGACUGAAGGAGCAAGCCGAGAUGCUCGUCAACGACAACGAAGAUUUUCAACAGCUGGCAGAGAGCCUGAAACAGACACGACAUUGCCUCGAGGAGGAACUGAAGACUCAGCGCGAGCAGCACGUCAAGGCCACCAAGGAGCUGGAGAACGAGCACUGCGGGGCUCUGGACGAAGCGGACAAGUAUGAGGAUACACUGUCAGCGCUGAAGACAGACUACUCCCAGCUGUUGGACAAGUGUAACCACAUUGUAUACAAACACAGGGACCUGCAGGAAGAGUUUCACGCGGCAGCCCAAGAGAAACGCCAUCUGGAGGACAAGUGCGCACAGCUCACAGAAGUGUGGGCUACAGCCAGACAAGCUCUCGCAGUUUUCGAGGAGCAGUGGGGCGCUGUGGGUCAAAAGACCAUGCAGGAGCUGCAAGAGCUUCAGCAAUCAAACCAGCACUUGCAAGAGCGCUUUAGUCUCUUCAAGGAGAAGCAUCUCAAGGUUGAAGAGCGGCUGGUACAGGCUCCAAACCAAAAAAUGGGAGCCUUGAUGGAACAUGUCACCGAGGACACUGGGGGUACAGCGGGAACUUCGGAGGCACCAGCAAACCGAGUCGAGAUAGAGGAACUCUCCCGGCGGUAUGAGUCCCUGGAGGAGCAGUCUCGAGCCGAGGAGAGCAAGUGGAACCAGAAGAAGAAGCAGCUGAAACACAUCGAGGAACACCUGAAGGAAGCAGCCGAUACCGUGUCAGCCGAGCUGCAGGUGUUAAAGACCAAGCACGAGGAAGCGCUCGAAGCCAAGCCAACUUCGAACUGGAAGGAACUUCCAGUUCAAAGCGGAUAA